AUGGUCGGAGGCACUUCAUCUGGGAUUCAGCCACAGGCUCAACAGGCUCCACAGGGUCCACAGGCUCCACUUCCGGCAGCGGUUGGAAUUCACCUCACCAGGGCUCUAAAUGCCCUGGAAGGUGAAAGAGAGCUUCUAUUGGAGAAGCAGACCAAGCUGAUGGGAAAAUACCAGGAGUUUGUCGCGUUUUUCGUACAGUGCAGCACCAUUUGCGUUUUGAUGAUGGCAGGUGGGCUCUUCAUAGGCUACUAUCUCCACUACAAGGGCAGUGAUGAUAUAGCCAUGAACCUUGCUGUAGAGAUAGUAGCCUAUGAAAAGCCCACCCGCCAUCAUCAAAACGCAAACGGUGCUGCGUUGUACGAAAAACGCGAAAAACUCCUGGUAAUUGCCCAUCAGCUUGGUCUGCUUCUCCAAUAG